UGUUGAAAUCUGUCAAUAUGUUGUAAAAUAACAAUUAUCUUUCAGUAAUAUUUUGUUAUAAUGAUAUAUUUUGUAAUAACACAAUAAAUCAGUAUUAUUAACAUAAUAUAUUUAAUAAUUUAAAAUUAACUUGAGUAACGAUCGAACAUAGCAUUGAAAUCUCGUUUCUUCAUUAUUAGUAUCUUAAUAAACACAGAAGAAUUAAGUCACAAAAAUGGCAUUAUCUAAACCAACGAAUUUUCUUCUUCAACUCAUGGGUGCUUAUUUUGAGCGUCUUUAUACUAGUCCGUUAAAAACUAAAGCAAUUACCAGUUGCAUAAUCGCUAGUCUCGGAAAUUUUAUGUCGCAGAAAAUUUCUGGAGCAAAAUACCUCAAUCAAGAUAGUUUACUUGCAUUUGCUUUAUUUGGAUUAAUCUUUGGAGGACCUCUUCCACAUUACUUUUAUACUUAUGUGCAACCUUUUCUAAAAAAUCCUCUUUCACUUUUGUUGGUAGAGAGAUGUUUAUAUACACCAUGCUAUCAAGCAUUAGCAUUAUACAUGAUAGCAUUGUUUGAGGGUAACACGCAUAAUGAUGCUUACAAACAAUUGAAAAAGUUAUACUUGCCUGUUCUAACUGCAAAUUUGAAGUAUUUAACAGUGUUGCAGUACCUGAAUUUAAAAUAUGUUCCACCACUGUUACGUGUUCUAGUGGUAAAUCUUAUUGGUUUCUUUUGGGCCAUAUAUCUUGCACAACAGCGAUCCAAGCAAUCAAAGACUACAAAAUAAUGUAUUAAUGUUUUACAAACUUGGGUUGUGGUGUUGUUAGGUAUAAAAUUAAGAACUAAAAAUGGGGACCAUAUGUUAGGGAUAAUAAAUAUUUUGUAUGUACAUUAUGUAAAUAUUUUCAUUGGUAAAUUGUACUUUUAUGAAUAAAAAUAAAACAGAAAUAUUUAUGAAUAAGCUGUGUAUGUGUUUUGAAGGAAAGGAAGCAGUGUUUUAAGCUUUUUAAUUUAAUCACACAACAACAAUACAGAGUAUAUUACAGAUAUAAUCAGAAUUUCUUUCAUAUCAACGAUGGUAACAUUCGAUGGCUGUAAAUUAUGAAUAAUAAAUAUUAAUGUCAAAAGCCAUGGUGGGCAAAGUUUAACAAGUUUCACUUUUGCAUACUUGUGAACUUCAUUUCAUAUUCCAUUACAGGAUUAUAGUAUCAUAAUAGAACCUAUUAAUAAAAUAUCAAAAUAAAAUUUUGUAAUCUUACUGAUUUUUAUAAAACAUGUAUAUUAAGAUAAAUGAUAUUUGUAUCCCCGUUUUGUAUAAUAGAUAUGCAUCAAUGAAAAACCGGUAUUGCAACACCAUAACAAUUGACAACUUCUUAAUAAAACUGAGUCAGUCAUUAUGCAAGAGCUAAUUCUAUGUAGUUUGUCUAUCUAAUUAUAAACAACGUAGACUUUCCAAAUAUGACUUUAAACCCUAUACAUACAUUUUCAAGACUUAACUUUGAAUAAUCGAGACUAGUCUAAUUAUGUCUUUUGGUACGCUGCCUGGCCUUAUAGCCAAGAAAAAAACAUUUUGACUAGUGUUCAGAUAAAUUGAGUAUUGCAAGUAAAAAAAGUUCAAAAGUUUAUCACUUUUAUACUUUUUCUUUGCUUUGAGAGUUGAUAAAUGACUAGCAAGUUGUGACAAUAAAUAAAUAAAUUACAAAAUAAAUAAUUGAUUAUCUAAAUAAAUAUACAAUUCUUUAAAUAUUGAGUAUGUCAAAUGAAAAGCAAAUGAGCAAAAGUGCUGGGUUUCAUUAUGCAUAGUAAUAUCUAUGUACAAAAGUAACAGGUGUAGAACAUUGCACUAAAAUGUUAAUUAUUAAAAUAAUAAAUAAAAAGUUCUAAUAUUUUAAUUAUUAAUGGAAUGUCUAGAAUUUGACUAGCUGGUGUUUGUAUAACAAACAAUCGCAUGAUUAAAUAAUCAUGCAAAUGUGGCACUACUAGAGUAGUUUAAAAUGAACUUUUAAAUAAUGGAAUAGCUAUUGAAUAAUAAUAUGAGAUCUUAAGAAGCUGCAACCAACAUAGUUCAUGAUGCUUUAUAAUCAUCAUUUCCUUCUUAUUGCUUAAAUACUUAGACGUACGUAAGUCUACGAAAAAAUGUCUUUAUAUGGAGACUUAAAAUUCUCAAAGUUGUGACACAGCAUAAUCCACGAUAAUAAUUGUUUUUAAAACGAUCAUAUCGCAACAUAUUAUCAUAUUUCUAUUAUUUAGAGUCUCGUUUAAUUUCACAAAAUUAUAAAAAAUGAUCUCCUGAUAAAUAAAUUUGCCUUAACAAUUAAUACAAUCAUUGCACUGUAGUUACAUUGAAAUCACUGAUUCUGAACACUUGAUUGAAAUUAAAAAUAUUAGCUUCACCUGACAAGAAGUACUACUAAUACUGAGGCUGAUGGCAUUAUGGUGAAUCACCACUGAUGAGUAUUAUUAAGUCAUGAGAUCAAAUGUAUAAAUGCCUAUUAAGAAUUUACAAAUACUUAAAUAUCAUGCAUCAAACUUAGAAUGGCGUCUUCUUUGUCAAAUCAUACUUUUUGAUAUGAGAAAAUAGGUAGAACUUUUGUUAAUAAACAUGAUUUGUAUGAUGCAACAGCAUUAGAAAAAGCGUGAAAGAUAUCCGUGACCCGCACCAUUCCAAAUCUGAUCCAUUAAAAGGAACGUCGAGUGUCUUUAGGGAUCCACUUGAUCGCUUCAACGCGUAUACGAUGGACUCCGACUUGGGGAACAACUUGAUCGAUGACUUGGACUUGACCAAUUACUAUGUCUGCUGCUUUCUGAACUACUCGGAGACGAAGGUGGUGUCGGAGUCGGUCGAUGAUAUGGAAUUGGUCGCUUCCUGGCGCUAAAAUUAACAACUAUCAAUAUUGUGUAAAAACGUAUAACAUUUGUUCAAAUUCAGGUAAAUGCACAUUAGUCAAAAAAUAGUUUUAUAAAAUAAAUUAACGUGUUCAAAUUAAUAUCAAAAUGUAUGAAUCAACGUAUACUGUAAUUAACAACAUAAGGAAGGAAAUAGCAAACUAAACCAUGCAAUGCAAUAAAAAAAAAUGGAAUACCAUGCAAAAUAAAAAUGUGUCACUUACCUUGCUGUAAUAUUGAUCAUGGAAGGUAGUGGAUCAAAAAUGAUUCACAAAACACAAUGAAAGAAAUAUUGAACUAAAGAAAGAGGCUUGCUUCAUAGCGGUAAAUACAUUUUAUUUUGUGACUGACAUAAAAUAAAAGAGAACUUCUACUGUAAAUGUUUAAUUUACAAUAAUUUAUAAGGAAAAUACACGCAUGCUACAUCUACAUGAUGUCGGUAGAUUGUUUAUAAGCAAUUAGAUAAAAAUGAAGAAAAAAA